AUGUCAAACAUGUCUGCUUUCCACCCGGAAUAUUUCCUUCUGAUAGGAAUCCCCGGUCUAGAGGAAGCCCAUCUGCUGAUCUCCAUCCCCUUCUGCGUCAUGUACUUCGUGUCUCUGUUGGGAAAUUCCACCUUGUUGCUGGUCUUCGCUUCCAAUGAAAGUCUCCACCAGCCCAUGUACGUCUUCCUGGCCAUGUUAACGGUGACAGACCUCCUUCUGAGUUCUGCCGCCGUGCCGAAAACCCUCUGCAUCUUUUGGUUUAAUUCCCACGAGAUACUCUUCAAUGGCUGCCUCCUCCAAAUCUUCUGCAUCCACUACCUGUUUGUCAUUGAGUCCUCCAUCAUGUUGACCAUGGCUUAUGACCGGUACGUUGCCAUUUGUUCCCCUCUGAUGUACACAGUCAUCGUGACAAACUCCUUCAUACAAAGGGCGGCGCUGAUUGCCAUCCUCCGAGCUUUCUGUAUUAUAACUCCUCUCAUCCUCCUCCUCAAUCGCCUCCCAUACCAGCAGAGCAAUAUCAUUGCACACACGUACUGUGAACACAUGGCCAUGGCUCGAGUGGCAUCGGCCGAUGUGACCAUCAAUAAUGUCUACGGGAUGCUGGCUGCGUCUGCCUCAACGGGAGUGGACCUGAUCCUCAUCAUUGUGUCUUAUGGAUUUAUCUCCAAGGAGGUUAGGAGUCUCCAGUCAUCGGAGGCUCGCUCCAAGGCCUUCAACACAUGCGUGUCCCACAUAUGUGUCCUCUCCCUCUUCUACAUCCCGGCCUUCUUCUCCUUCAUCGCUCAUAGAGCGGGCCAAGGGAAAAUACCACCACAAGUUCACAUACUGCUGGCCAACCUGUACGUCAUUGUUCCCCCAAUGAUGAAUCCCAUCAUCUACGGAGCCAGGACCAAAGAGAUCAGACAGAGGCUGGUUAUUAUGAUGAGUAAGAGGGCGAGAAGACCAAAGAUGACCGAUUUCCUCUUCUCCCACGUUCUUCAAUGA